AUGCUUCCUCCGUUCGACUACUUCACUUACCGAAGUGUGCGGAACUCCAAGAGAAGGGAACGGGCACACCGUUUCGCUUCUCUGCCCGCCGCUUACCACACCCACUUUACAGCCUUUGACAAGUCGAUCAUUAACAAACCCAUUGAGGAGCUAGUGAGUGAGGUGCAGGGCUCCUCCAUCUCCGCAGUCGAUGUUCUCCGCACCUAUGGCAAGGUCGCCGUCAAGGCCCAGGAGAAGACCAACUGUGUCACGGAACUGCUUCUCCCAGAGGCCGAGACCUGGGCGCAGUCCGAGGUCGACCUGCAGGGGCCGUUGGCCGGUAUCCCUGUCUCCCUGAAAGAUUCCGUCCAGGUGAAGGGGUUCGAUGUCUCUGUCGGCUAUACGCGCAUGGCCAAUAAGCCUGCUACAGAGGACGGGCCUAUGGUUAAGCUUCUUAAGGAUGCUGGUGCCGUCCCCUACGCAAAGACCGCUCUACCAGUCACUCUCCUGUCGUUCGAGUCGGCCAAUGCUCUAUGGGGCCGCUGUCUCAACCCCCAUGUCCCUGCUUACUCCCCGGGUGGCUCGACUGGCGGUGAAGGUGCGCUCCUGGCGCUGGGUGGCCGCAUCGGUAUUGGAUCCGAUGUUGCGGGUUCUGUCCGCGUCCCUGCGGCUUGGAGCGGUAUCUACUCGCUGCGCUGCAGUACUGGCCGCUGGCCGAAGGCCGGUGUCAGUACGAGCAUGGCUGGACAGGAGGGUGUGGCCAGUGUCUUCUCUCCUAUGGCCCGCACCCUGAACGACCUCACCUAUUUCACCAAAGCCAUCAUCGGCAUGCAGCCAUGGAAAUAUGACUACACUGUCCACCCCAUCAGCUGGCGCGAAGACGAGGAAACCGAAGCUCAGAGCAAGAAGCUCCGUAUUGGUCUGAUGUCGACUGAUGGUGUCGUCCCUCCCACCCCUGCGAUUGCUCGGUCUUUGUCCACCACCGUGCGUGCCUUGAAGGCCGCCGGUCACGACGUCGUGGAAAUCACCCCUCCUGCUAAAGCUGACCCCUUCACUGGCCUGCACCUCGGUUCGCAACUCCUCAACUCGGACGGCUGCGUCACAUUCAACUCGCAUCGUUACAGCUUUGAGCCCUCGGACCCUGGCGCGGACCAGCUCACCCGUAUCUGCAAUCUCCCUGCACCCCUCCGCUACCUUUACUACCUGUAUGUGCGGUACAUUCGCCGCGACUCGAAGUGGGCGGCCCUGAUCCGCACCUUCUCGCACAAGUCCUCGGCCGAGCUCUGGAAGCUGGUAGCCCAGCGGGAGGCCUUCCGUGCCACGUGGCACGCCUGGUGGGACGGUGAGUCGCAGCAGUAUGACUUUAUCCUGUGUCCCGUGAAUGCGACCCCGGCGCUACCGCACGAGGCCAUGCGCGACGCGGUGUCCUCAUGCGGCUACACGUUCUUGUGGAACGUGUUGGACUACACGGCCGGAGUGCUGCCGGUGUCUCACGUGGACCCUAAGAAGGAUGCGCUGCCGAUGCCAUACAAGAAGAUGCUCAGGCACCUGGGUGCAAACCAUGCCAUUGCCAAGGGCGCUUGGAUGCACUACGAUGCCGUGAAGAUGGCCGGACUGCCGACUGCGGUGCAGGUGGUUGGCCGUCGGUGGCAGGAGGAGAAGGUUCUGGGGUAUAUGGCUGUAGUGGAACGUGCGUUGGAGCUGUACUGGGAUUCGGCCAGCGGUGAGGGUGGGAAGUAUCCUUUGAUUGAGCUGGAUUAA